UCAAUGGAACCAGCGUCUCUGUGGGCAAGUCUGGACUCAGGUGCUUAUUAACAUGACUUGGGCAAUUCGAAUGCACAGCCGGGUUGAGAUAGGUCAGAAGUCAGACAGAAGGCUACCCUAGCCCUACCCAGACCAAGUCCCCAGUUCCUGUUUCCUUUUCUCAGGCUGGUUAGCUGCAGCAAGUUUGCUGCAAGCCAGGAGAACUUACCAGGAAAUCCCCAGGAUAUUGUAAUGCUUGACAGCCAAUCCAAUUAAUCAUCAACUCUGUAACAUGAUCUCUGGCUCAUAAAAAAGGGAACCUGUUGAGUCUUUGGAAACCUGACCACUGGUCUUCACAAGACAACUCUCUCCAGACCCAGGGACCUGUGCCCAAGGACCCCAGGCUGAUGGGAGCCCACCUCUGCUCCAAUGCCUCCACCGAGGCUCCCCGAGAGGCGCUGCGCUUCCACGAGGACACCAAGGGCGCGCAGGUGUAUCUGGACGCGCUGGCGAGCACCGCGUGCAGGCGCGCCACCUUCUACGACGGCAUCGUGUUCAGCCAGCGGCCGGUGCCCCCCGGAGAGCGGGUGGCACUGCGCGUGCUGCAGCAUGAGGGCGGCUGGUGCGGUGGCCUCCGCGUGGGCUUCACGCGACUGGACCCUGCGCACGUGUCCGCGCCUAGCCUGCCGCCCUUCGUGUGCCCGGACCUGGAGGAGCUGAGCCCGACGUGGGCCGCGGUGCUGCCUGAAGGCAGCGUGCUCCCCGGGAAUGUGGUCUGCUUCUGGGUGGACCGCCGGGGCCGGCUCUUUGCCAAGGUCAACGCGGGCCGCCGCCUCCUUCUGCGGAAAGGCCUGCUCCUGGGCGCGCCGCUCUGGGCGGUGAUGGACGUGUACGGCACCACCAAAGCCAUCCAGCUGCUGGACCCCACAGCCAGCCUGGGUCCCACCGCCAUGCCGGCCGUCCGCAGGGAGGAGGCUGUGCCUGAGCAGGAAGUCACACCGGACAACGAGUGCAUCAUCUGCUUCCACCAUGCUGCCGACACCUGUCUUGACCCCUGUGGCCACUCACACUUCUGCAGCUCCUGUGCCCAGCGGAUCUUCAGGGAUACCGCCACGUGUCCUGUGUGUCGCUGGCAGAUCAACGCAAUUGCCACAGUGUGGUCACCUAGGACUGGGGAAGGCUCGUGAGAGAGGCUCCCGGGUGUAGCAGGUUGGACCUAUCUCUGCAGAGGGAGCAGGCGCAGCCCUGCCCUCAUCCUGGCCUGGGGUCAGGGGGCCUGGCCAGCAGCAGGCAGGACAGAGAGGGAGGCAGGGAGCUGGUGGUCACUGUACUACUCUUUCCCCAAGGGAAAGUUGGGCUCGGGUCAGUGUAGCAAAGAGAAACCUCUCUGCCCACACCAGGGUGUUCCUUUUCGGGGUGCUGUGUGCAGAGGGGGUAGUGGAUUCCUCGUUUCUGUCGCCAAGGCUGCGGUUCUCUGUCCUGCGGCUCCAGCAUGUUGAAGACCUGGAGCGGGGAGGCCUGUCAGUGGAACUUACUGGGUCCUCUCCCUCCAGUCCCCCACAAAGUGAUCCGUAGUUGUCUCUCAGGGUGCUUGUGAGGUUGUGAUGAGAUUGUGUGACUAAAGACAACCCAGCACUUGGAAAGUGCACCGUAGUUAUGAUUCCCUCAACA